UUGCAGCCAGGUGAGCUCCAGGAAGCUGGGCUGGUUGUGCCCAGCAGUCAGCCUGCCUGCCUUCAUCAAAGAGCUGGUAGCUUUGCCUCCCACCUGCGUGGGGCUUCUGGAAGCGUCUACCUGGGUGUCCCUUGGUCCUGCAGCCGCAAACAUCGCACACUGCAUCCAUCCUAUGCCUGUGGCAGACCUGCACAGAGCAGGUGCCUCAAAAGUGGACCCUGGAAGCUGCUCAGUCCUGGGAGGUGGGAGCUGGCGCACAAAGGGCACUCCACUCUCAGAAGAAGGUGUUCUCAGGCUCCCGCCCAGUGGACCUGCGGGGUGGUCAGUCUCCAGCAUUCACGCCGGCGCCUCCAGGAGCAGCAGGAGCCCCACCGCCACCUAAGCAGGACGACCCUGGUCUGUGUCCGCCUUGGCCGGCAAGAUGCUGCCCGUGUCCCCGGAGGUGAAGAGCAACCCGCUACAGAAGGCGAACUUCUGCUCACGCCUCUUUGUCUGGUGGCUAAACCCCUUGUUUAAAAUUGGUCACAAACGGAAAUUAGAACCAGAUGACAUGUACUCGGUGCUUCCGGAAGAUCGCUCCCAGCGCCUUGGAGAAGAGCUGCAAGGGUACUGGGAUCAGGAAGUUAAGAGAGCCCAGAAAGACGCACAGGAGCCUUCCUUAAUGAAAGCAAUCAUAAAGUGUUACUGGAAAUCCUAUUUAAUUUGGGGAGUGUUUACAUUUCUUGAGGAAGGCACCAGAGUAGUUCAACCCAUAUUUUUGGGGAAAAUGAUUAGUUAUGUUGAAAACUAUGAUCCUAAUGACUCUGUUGCUUUGCAUGAAGCCUACGGCUACGCGGCAGGGCUGAGCGCCUGUGUGCUCGUGUGGGCCGUUCUGCACCACUUGUACUUCUAUCACAUUCAGCGUGUGGGGAUGAGGCUGAGAGUAGCCGUGUGCCAUAUGAUCUACGGCAAGGCCCUUCGCCUGAGUAGCUCAGCCAUGAGGAAGACCACCACAGGCCAGAUUGUCAACCUGCUGUCCAACGAUGUGAGCAGGUUUGACCAGGUAAUGACGUUCUUGCACUAUCUGUGGGUGGGACCACUGCAGGCUAUCGCAGUGACCACCCUGCUCUGGAUGGAAAUAGGAAUGUCGUGUCUUGCUGGGAUGGCGGUUCUCAUUAUUCUUCUGCUUUUGCAAAGUUGCAUCGGGAAGUUGUUUUCAUCACUCCGGAGUAAGAUCGCAGCUCUCACAGACGACAGGAUCAGGACCAUGAGUGAAGUCAUAACUGGCGUCAGAACAAUAAAAGUGAAUGCUUGGGAAAAGUCAUUUAUAGACCUUAUUACUGAAUUGAGAAGGAAGGAAAUUUCCAAGAUUCUGAGAAGUUCCUACCUUAGGGGCAUUAAUUUGGCAUCAUUUUUUGCUGUGAGCAAAAUCAUGAUUUUUGUCACCUUCAUCAGCAAUGUGGUCCGUGACAACAUGAUCACAGCCAGCCAAGUGUUUGUUGUGGUGACGCUAUUCGAGGCUCUGAGGUGUUCGAGCACCCUCUACUUCCCCAUGGCCAUCGAGAAGGUGUCAGAGGUCAUCGUCAGCAUCCAAAGAAUCAAGAACUUUCUCUUACUUGAUGAGAUGUCACAGUACUACCCUCAGCUUCCAUCAGAUGGUAAAAUGAUAGUGGAUGUGCAAGCUUUUACAGCUUCUUGGGAAAAGGAAGCCACCAGAGUAGUUCAACCCAUAUUUUUGGGGAAAAUGGUUAGUUAUGUUGAAAACUAUGAUCCCACCAAUUCUGCCGCUUUGCAUGAAGCCUACGCCUAUGCGGCAGGGCUGAGCGCCAGCAUGCUGGUGUGGGCCGUUCUGCACCACUUGUACUUCUAUCACAUUCAGCGUGUGGGGAUGAGGCUCAGAGUAGCUGUGUGCCAUAUGAUCUACCACAAGGCCCUUCGCCUGAGUAGCUCGUCCAGGGGGAAGACCACCACAGGCCAGAUAGUCAACCUGCUGUCUAAUGAUGUGAACAGGUUUGAUCAGGUAACAACAUUCUUGCACUAUCUGUGGUUGGGGCCACUGCAGGCUAUCACAGUGACUGCCCUGCUCUGGAUGGAAAUAGGAAUGUCAUGUCUUGCUGGGAUGGCAGUUGCGAUUAUUCUUCUGCUUUUGCAAAGCUGCAUAGGGAAGUUGUUUUCAUCACUCUGGAGUAAGACCACAGCUCUCACAGACGACAGGAUCAGGACCAUGAGUGAAGUCAUAACUGGCAUCAGAACAAUAAAAAUGAAUGUUUGGGAAAAGUCAUUUAUAGACCUUAUUACCAGCUUGAGAAGGAAGGAAAUCUCCAAGAUUCUGAGAAGUUCCUACCUUAGGGGCAUGAAUUUGGCAUCAUUUUUCGCUAUGAGCAAAAUCAUGAUUUUUGUCACCUUCAUCAGCAAUGUGGUCCUUGACAACCUGAUCACAGGCAGCCAAGCGUUUGUGGUGGUGACACUGUUCGAGGCUCUGAGGUGUUCGAGCACCCUCUACUUCCCCAUGGCUAUUGAGAAGGUGUCAGAGACCGUCGUCAGCAUCCAAAGAAUCAAGAACUUUCUGUUGCUUGAUGAGAUAUCACAGUGCUACCUUCUGCUGCCAUCAGAUGGUAAAACAAUUGUGGAUGUGCAAGCUUUUACAGCUUCUUGGGAAAAGGCGUCAAAGACCCCAACCCUACAAGGACUUUCCUUUACUGUCAGACCUGGUGAGCUGUUAGCUGUGGUUGGACAUGUGGGAGCAGGAAAGUCCUCACUGUUACGUGCUCUGCUGGGGGAGCUGCCCCCGAGCCAGGGGACGGUCAGCGUGCACGGGAGGAUCGCGUAUGUUUCUCAGCAGCCCUGGGUGUUUCCAGGAACUGUGAGGAGUAACAUUUUAUUUGGGAAGAAAUAUGAAAAGAAACGAUAUGAAGAAGUAAUAAAGGCUUGUGCUUUGGAAGCGGAUUUACAGCUUUUGGAGGAAGAAGAUCUAACUGAGAUAGCAGAAAGAGGAACCCCACUGAGUGAAGGACAGAAAGCCCGGGUCAGCCUCGCCAGAGCCGUGUAUCAGGAUGCAGACAUCUACCUCCUGGAUGAUCCUUUCAGCGCAGUGGAUGCAAUAGUCAGCAGGCACUUGUUCGAAAGGUGUAUUCGUCAGGCCUUGAAGGAGAAGAUCACAAUCUUAGUUACUCAUCAGUUGCAGUAUCUAAAAUAUGCAAGUCAGAUUCUGACAUUGAAAGAUGGGAUAACGGUGAAAAGAGGAACUUACUCUGAGUUCCUGAAAUCCGGGAUCGAUAUUUUUUCCCUUUUUGAGAAGGGCAAUGAGCAGUCUGAACCAUCUGCAGUUCCAGGAACUCCCUCUGUGAUCUCUGAGUCUUUGGUUCAGUCUCUCCAGUCCCCCAGGCCCUCUUUGAAAGAUACAGCUCAAGAGGACCAAGAAACGGAGAAUAUACAGGUUACACUACCUCUAGAGGACCAUUUGGAAGGAAAAGUUGGUUUUAAGACCUAUAAGAAUUACUUCACAGAUAGUGCUGACUGGUCUGUCAUCAUUUUCCUUAUUCUAGUAAACAUCGCAGCUCAGGUCACCUACGCCCUGCAGGACUGGUGGCUUGCAUUCUGGGCAAAAGUACAAAAUGAACUGUAUUUUGGGGUAUAUGUAAAAGAAGAUGAAGAUGUAGUAUUCAUUCUGAACUGGUACUUAGGAGUUUAUUCAGGGUUAACUGUGUCUACUGUCCUUUUGGGCAUCACAAGGUCUCUGUUGAUAUUCUACAUCCUUGCUAAUUCUUCACAAGCUUUGCACAACAAAAUGUUGGAGUCCAUUUUAAGAGCUCCGGUGUUGUUCUUCCAUAAAAAUCCAAUAGGAAGAAUUUUGAAUCGUUUCUCCAAAGACAUUGGGCAUAUGGAUUACUUGCUGCCCCUGAUAUUUCUUGAUUUCAUCCAGACAUUUCUACUUGUGAUUGGUGUGGUGGUCGUGAUGGUGGCUGCAAUUCCUUGGACUGCUAUACCUGUGAUUCCGUUUGGCAUCAGUUUCUUUUUUCUUAGGCGAUAUUUCUUAGAGACGUCACGAGAUGUAAAACGCCUGGAAUGUACAACACGGAGCCCGGUAUUUUCCCACUUAGCAUCUUCUCUCCGGGGACUCUGGACCAUCCGGGCGUACAAAGCUGAACAGAAGUUUCAGGAGCUGUUUGAUGCACACCAGGAUUUGCACUCAGAGGCUUGGUUCCUGCUUUUGAUGACGUCCCGAUGGCUCGCUGUGUAUCUGGAUGUCAUCUGUGCCAUCUUUGUCACUGUUAUUGCUUUUGGGGCCCUGAUCCUGGUAGAAACGUUGGAUGCUGGGCAUGUUGGCCUGGUCCUGUCGCUCACCAUCACACUUACCAGUAUGUUCCAGUGGUGCGUCAGGCAAAGUGUGGAAGUUGAGAACAUGAUGAUUUCGGUAGAAAGGGUGAUUGAAUACACAGAUCUUGUGAAAGAAGCACCCUGGGAACUUGAGUAUCGUCCACCGCCAUCCUGGCCCAACAAAGGAGUGAUUUCCUUUAAUUAUGUGAACUUCAGGCAUAAGUCGGAUGGGCCUCUGGUGUUGAGGAACAUGUAUGCAGAUAUUUACUCAGGACAAAAGUAUGGCAUUGUGGGAAGAACAGGAGCUGGAAAAAGUUCCCUCAUUGCUGCCCUUUUUAGAUUGUCAGAACCUGAAGGUGACAUUUGUAUUGAUGACAUCUUGACAGUGCGUAUUGGACUUCACGAUUUAAGGAAGAAAAUGUCAGUUGCACUUCAGGAACCUGUUUUAUUCACGGGAACAAUGAGGAAAAAUCUGGAUCCCUUUAAUGAGCGUACGGAUAAGGAACUGUGGAAUGCCUUAGAAGAGGUACAACUCAAAGAAUCCAUCGAAGGUCUUCCUGCUAAGAUGAAUACUGAAUUAGCAGAAUCUGGAUUGAACUUGAGUGUCGGUCAGAAACAACUGGUGUGCCUUGCCAGGGCUAUUCUCAGGAAAAAUCAGAUAUUGAUUAUUGACAAAGCCACAUCAUACGUGGAUCCAAGAACUGAUGAGUUAAUACAGAAAAAAAUUCGUAAGAGAUUUGCCAAGUGCACUGUGCUGACCAUUGCACACAGGUUGAGCACCAUUAUUGACUGUGAAUGGAUAAUGGUUUUGGAUUCAGGGACAUGGAAAGAAUGUAGUUUGCCUUAUUUUUUGCUGCAAGAUAGAAACAGCCUAUUUUACAAGAUGGUGCAACAACUGGGCAAGGCGGAGGCUGCUGUCCUCACCAAAAGGGUAAAAUAGGUGUACUUCAAAAGGAAAUAGCCAGAUAUUAUUCACAAUGACCAUGUGGUUAUGAAUGUUUCCAGUGAACAGCCCUCAGCCUUCACAAUUUUUGAGUCAACACUGUGAUUCUACCAUGAGUUCGUGUCUAUUCCAAAGGCUGUUUUCCAAUAGGUUUUGCACUGCAUAAACUAUAUUCUACUUUUUUUUACACCAGCAACAAAUAUUUACACAUUAUAAGAUGUUAGUUCUCUAACCUCACUCAAUGAUUUCAAGCUCUUGAAAAAUGAUAUAUUAUGUUUAUUUAAAUGUUAUAUUACUUGCUUCUUAUCCAAAUCAGAGGUGCAGGCCAUCAAUAAAAGCUGUCUCCCAGGUUUUGUGUCUUGAGAGACUCCAGAGCUAAAUUCAUUUUCUAAGAUUUGAGACAAAGUUGUCAUAGAUGUUUGUUUGCUGUUCCCAGAAUUACAUGUCACUUUCCAAUUAUAUCAGGGAUUCUGUUUACUUGAAGACUGUGUGAAGUUGCUGUUUUGUGUCACCACUUCCUUUAACAUGACUAGGAUCCAUUUUUCUACCAAAAGACCUCUGGUUAAAAUACUACAGAGAAAACUGAUAGGAAAAACAUAUAAUAUACCAUAGUUUAAGUGAGAAAAAAUAGAUAUAUGGUUAAAUACAGAAGGACAAUAUUAUAUGUUCUAAAAGAGAAGGAAGAGAAAAUAUGCUUUCUCAAAAUAGGAGCCCUUCUAGGGGAUUUGCUAAUGAAGGACAGAUGUGUGCUAGACUGUCUUCUAGAUAGAGGAUUUUAUUUUAAUUUUUUUACAUUACAAAUUGUGGUAAAGUAUAUAUAACAUAAAAUUUGCCAUAUAACCAUUUCUAGUCACACAAUCCAGUGGUGUUAAUCACAUUCACAGUGUUGUGCAGCCACAUUGUCUGGGUAACUUUUGGUAAUUAUGUUUUUCCUAUUUGGUGUGUUAUUUCUGCAGAGUCAUUUUGAUAAAUUUCAUUUUUCUAGGAGGAAUCUGUUUCCUGUGAGUUUUGAGCUUGAUUGACACAAAUUUAUUCAUAAUACUUUAUAUGUUUAAUCUCUGCAUCAUCUCUAACUGUGUUCUUUUGGCUUUUUAAUUUUCUUUUAACCUUUUUUUUUUUUUUAUGAAUAAUCUUGCAUAACUUUUUCCUGUUUUCAAAGAAUCAACUUUUUGCUUGAUUGAUGCUUUCUUUUUUCCCUAGUUCAUCAUAUCAUUCUUUCUUUCCUUCAACUUUUCCUUAACUUUGAGAGUUUUCCUCUAAAUUCUUAAAUUGAAAAGAGAUUAGUAAUUUCAUCAUUUUUCUAAUAUAAGUAUAUAAAGUUGACUUUUCCCCUAAGAUCCACUUUAGCUGCAACCUGCAAGUUUUGGUACUCACCACCGUCAAUAGCCAUAUUAUUAUGUAUUUUCUAAUUCCUAAUUUAAUUCAUUAACUAUAUCUUUUACCCAUGGGUUAUUCAUAAGUAUAAUGUUCUCUAAAUUUCAAAUGCUAAUGGAUUAUUUCUUUUAGAUUGAACCAUGUGGAACUGCUAACAUUCAGUCUUUUUAUAAGCUGUAAAAUGGCACUUUCAUGUGGUUCAACAUAUAGUUGUCUUUUGUUAUUAAUAUGUAACUUAAUUUCAUUUGGUCAGACAACAUAAGAUUGUGAAUUUUAAACCAAAGAUAAGCACGUUCACACUAAAGGUCCUUGUUUGUACCAUUUUGUAUUUUAUUGGGGGGUUUUAAAAUGUUUUAAGGACAUGUGUAACCAGUAGUUUUCAAUAAAAAUCCUCCCCAAAUA